UGUACGACCAUGGGUUGCAAAGAUAAAGGGAUUAUAAACUUAGAGUUUGUUGCUAAGACUCAAUAUUUCUUUGGAUGUUGUCUUUUGGAGGUUAGAUUUUUUUGUAGAAGAUAUCUUUAACUUUCUCCUCUCCACCUUGAUGCAUUGUAAAGGAGAUGUUAUCUAUCUAGAGGUAUAUAUCAUCAAUGAGUAAAAAGUAAGCUCUUACGACCCCCCCCCCCUCCGUGCCUUUACGAGGCGCAUAGUUAAACUCGCCGGGCCUAGAGUUACGAUACCUCCGUCUGUAGCGUCUUAAUCUCCAGUUCCGCCAUUCCACUCAGUACCGCGGUAACUUUAGACUUGGACACAUCACACAGUGUGUGCUUCUCUCCCGGCUCAAUCAAACAAAAAUAUUAGUGUAGUUUAGGGGUGUUUCCAUACUAAACAUCUCGUGAGAAAAGUAUCGUCAUGCUUAUGCAACAAUCGAUUAUUUACUAAAAAAACGGAGUAGAAGAUUCCUUCACCAAAUACUUGUGGUUUCUCACACAUCUAAUUAAACCGUACACGCAACCCCUGAGAAACGUUGUGUGUGUCAAGAAGUUUAAAAAUCAUGAUCUGUUAAGGACACUCUAGACCUUUUCAGCCAACAAUCAUUUCUCAGCUUCAUGAUUCGUGAUCCGGUAUUUAGGUUUAGAACACGAUAGCUCUAGAGAAACAACGUUUCCUGAACUGACACCUAAUCCCCCCCUCUCCCUCCUUCUUAACAAACCAUACCCAGAAUCUAGAUGGGAGGUUAAGCCAGAUUGCAAGAGAAAUCUCAGCCCUUAUGCAAAUCUAACCUUUUCAUGGUACCAACCUGCCGCCCAUUCCAGAGAAGUAUGCAAAAAAUCCUCGAGUGAAAAACUAUGAAAUCCACGAGAAAAAUGUGAAAAUGCGCGAGUAGGUGAAAACGGGACAAAACGGUAAUUAAUGAGCUUGAUAUCUUUAUGAGGUUAGGGUUCGGGUCCUGGGAAUCCUUUCUCCGGGUACAUUACCGAGUACAGUGUUCACCUAGACAGGAAGAGGAACUCAGGCGGGUAAUGAUAGCAAGACGGAUAGAUAGAUAGAUAGAGUUUUCUAGAAUCAUGUCUCGGGACUCAGAAAGCUGUGUUACCAUUGUAGCAGUGGACUCAGAACCGAAUCCAAACGAAGUUGAUUGGUCUGUGGGGUUAUAUAAUAAAGAAUUGAAAGAACAAAGCAUUGAAGAAAUAUGGAAACAAACUGUUGAAACAGCCAGUAAACUAGACUGGCAAAAUAUACAGACCGGAUUUCCUGUUGAGUUUAGAUUAGGAGAACCGGUUAAACCGGUUAAACCUUGUAAAAUCCGGAUAAACAUUAAUGGAUCAACAUCUCUGCCAGAGACAUCAAACAUGCUCUGCCCGAAUGUAGAGUCAAUCAACAGUCUUAAAGAACUCUCUGGCAAAGAAGAUGCAAAUGAAUAUUUCCGACUUGAAACUAUAACUCCAAUUUCAAGAAAUAAACCUUGUUCUUCUUCUAAACCUAUCCUCCCUCCUAAGCCUAAAAUCUGGUUCCGCCCUAAGACCCCUGUGCAAGUGCCUAAACCAAAGGACCCCCAUUUACUUGAUAGAUUUGUAGAUCUGCACCCAGUUAAUUUUAAUCACAUGGGAACCAGGAUGGAAGAGAUAAGAUCAGAAGAUAAGUUAGAUAAUGCCACACAUAUUUCUUGUACUCAGCUUUCCUUAGAAGGAGUUGUAGACAUACAUUUAGAAGAUCAACAUGACAUGCGUUUAACAAAAGUAGCAGAUCUUGAUGAACCAGAAUGUGUAGCAACCCUGACAUUUUCAGAAGAAACUGAACUAUCUGCCCCCAACUCAACUUCAGCAGAGAACUUUUCACAAACUUUUACUGGAAACGUAGUGACUCCUUCAGAAGUAGUUUCUUCCUUUAGAGAAGAAGUGACAGCUCAUUCUGCAGGAUUAGCUAAAGGUCAUUAUUCCAUAGCAGAAGCUAAGAGUCUAACUCUUCCAUUGGUUACAGCAGAUGACAUGUAUUCAAUAGAAGGAAAACUUCAACCAACAAAUGAUAUUCAAAUGCAAAAUAGGACAAUGCAAGCAUCAAGAUCAAUGGAAGUAAAUGAUCAAGAACCAGUGGUAGACAUCACAAUUGAUCUUCUGGAAAUCGAUCAAUUUUUCUCUUCUCCUAAAAACAAAGAACCCCCAGAAGAACCGGAAAUAAGAAAAUAUUCCCCUCCUCCAGCAUGCAAUCCAUCUAGAAUACCAAUCCGUAAACAUCCCGGUGGUAGGAAGGAUAGCGGUAUCAGUCUCACAGAUAUAUCAGAGCUUUCGGAGUCUCCCAGAUACUCAUCAUCUGAAAGCGUGGAUGGAAAGAUGCUGAUUGUUGGAAGAAAGGACAGUGGGAUUAGUAUUUCCUCUCCUACUAGCUCCGCUGAAACCUCUCUUGAACUAAAUUCUCUAGUUCAGAAGGAUGAGUAUAGAUCUGUUAGUGUAGAGAAAGGUGAAAGGUCUGCUAGAAUUACUACACUUGAACCGAUGAAUCUCGGGGUUACAAAAUUGGGUGGAUUAAUCAGACAGUUUUCAGCCUCGGAAUCAAGUCUUCAAACUCAUACUUUAAAAUCCUCUCGAAUUCCAACUCAACCCCAAGCAACUCUAAAACCUAGAAUUUCAUCAAACUGCUACAAUUUUCCAUCACCAACACGCUCCAUAUCUGUACCUGGUAAGAGAAAAGAAACCUCUUCAAUAGACUUUCAGCCUGCAGGGUUGGUUCGAGACACCAGACUUCGAUCUGGUAGUUUAUACUUUACACCAGGGGGAGCUGACUUCAAAUCCUUCUCAUCCAUCCCUGAUAUGUCUUCAGGACGGAGCACUCCAUCAUCAAGUAGAUCAAGGAUACCCGUCAGGGUUCAAUCCCUAGACCGGAAUUAUUCACGUUGCUCUACCCCAGGGUUGAAUGAGAGACGGAGACAAAGUUGUUUUUCGUUCUCUACCCUAGAGAAUGAAGUAGAAUAUAUUGAACACGCGUAUCUUCACCUUCAAAAGGAGUUUAUAGAUCUUCAACGUUCAUAUCAACUCCUUCAAGCCAGAUUAAACCCUUUAAAUACAGAUCCAGCAAGAUUUGAAGUGAACAGAAGCAAACUAGAGAAUAAUCUUAUCCUUGCUGAAUCAAGAAUAAAGGAUUUAGAAUCUCAGGCCAGUUCUAGAGUGUUGAUUGAUAUCGGCCUUGAUCCUAUAGAAACCUUCCCCGCCCUUCAUAAUGUCAGGGAGGCGUGUCUUCAUUCCCCCACAGACCCGGGAUAUCAUUCAGCCACGCCUUCAGUUGCCUGUGACGAGGAAAUUUUUGAAAUUCACCGAGAUUUUAGGGUUACCGAGGAUAAUUCUGAAAUUGAUCAGCUAAACAGCCUAAAUAAUAAUCUGAAAAAGACCAAAAUGUUGAAAGAUCAGGAGGAAAGGGAAACAGACAAACAGAAUGAAAUGAAGAAGAAGGAAGAAGAGAAAAUGAGAAUAAAGAAGAUGGAAGAUGUUGAAAGAAAAAUGAAAGAGAGACAGGAGGGGAUUGAAAACGAUCUUCGUUUACAGAUCUUAAAUCUGAACCAGAAACUUUAA